AUGGCCGAUGACUUCUUCAGCAGCACCUUCUCCGAAUCGGACUUCUCCUCCUCCUCCUCCUCGUCCUCGUCCUCCUCCUCGGCGACCGCCUCCUUCCUCACGCUGGAGCAGCGGGCGGCCUUCGUCUUCGUCCUCAUCCUCUUCAUCUUCCUCGGCCUGCUGAUCGUCCGCUGCUUCCGGAUCCUGCUGGACCCGUACCGCAGCAUGCCGUCCUCCACCUGGACGGACUACAUGGAGAAGGACACCUUCGACUACCGGAUUGCCUGA